AUGAGUAUCGAUGAAGGGAGAGAUGCAUUGGAAGAAAGCACCGAUGAAGGGGAAGUGCCAGACUACAAAAACAACAUGUUUCUGAAAAAUCUUCCUGUUUGGCCACAGAAUCUUGCAAAACCAGUAGUGAAAGAGCAGACCAAGCCGAGGAACAUCAGGCUUCACACAGAGCAAAGAGCAGCUCAGCGUGCAGGCUACAACCACCUGGUUGCAAGCAAGAUCAACUCCCUGCAAAUCCUCAGGAGGUUCGAAGAAAAGCUUCUUAAGCACAUCGAAGAAGAGGAGAUAAAGAGCAUGAGAAGGGAGAUGGUCCCAAAGGCACAACUCAUGCCGAUAUUCGACAAGCCAUUCUUCCCUCAAAGAUCAACAAGACCCCUGACAGUCCCAAGGGAGCCUUGCUUUCAUCUUGUGAAACCAAGUUACAGCAUCACGAGUGGCCAACCUUACAAACUUCACUUCACAAGUAUCUGAGCCAAACUAUGAAGUCUAUCUAGCAAUUUCACCAUAUGGAGUUUUUUUGUUUUGUUUUGUUUAUGGUGCUGUGAAAAUGAUUCAAAGGUAUAUGGAAACAGUUGGUGUGUUUCUUUUUUUUCUUUUUGGAUGUUUGUAUUUUGAAGAAAAACCUUGGUGCAAAAGUAAAAUUAUUGUAAUGUAACUUGACUUGAUGGUCACAUG